AGAGCGCAUGCGUGGUAAAGACAUCACAUGACGCAAUCGCGCUGGCUCCGCCCGAUUCGAUCGAAGCCUUUUUGUAAAGCGUCACGUUGCGUUGCAGCACUGAAACAGGAGACUUCGCAUCCUCCGACUACAGCUUACAUUGCUCUGUGUCCACUCCGACAUCUCUUAACAGCCACCAUGACUCACCAGUUCCCCGCACUGACAACCGAGCAGAAGAAAGAGCUGCAGGAGAUUGCUCAGAGGAUAGUAGCUCCAGGAAAGGGCAUCCUGGCUGCAGAUGAGUCAACUGGCAGCAUGGCAAAGCGUUUGAACCCCAUUGGGGUUGAGAACACAGAGGAGAACCGGCGCCGUUACCGCCAGCUGCUCUUCACUGCCGACCAGCGCAUCGACAGCUGCAUCGGAGGGGUCAUCUUCUUCCACGAAACCCUCUACCAGAAGACCGAUGAUGGCAUUCCCUUCGCCAAGCUUAUCAAGGACCGUGGCAUCGUUGUUGGCAUCAAGGUCGAUAAGGGUGUCGUCCCCCUCGCCGGAACCAACGGAGAGACCACAACUCAGGGUCUGGACGGACUCUCUGAGCGUUGUGCGCAGUACAAGAAAGACGGUGCAGACUUCGCCAAGUGGCGUUCUGUGCUGAAGAUCAGCGAUACCACGCCUUCUGAGCUGGCCAUCAUGGAGAAUGCUAAUGUUCUGGCCCGAUACGCUAGCAUCUGCCAGCAGAAUGGAAUUGUUCCCAUUGUGGAGCCUGAGAUCCUUCCUGAUGGAGACCAUGACCUGAAGCGUUGUCAGUACGUCACAGAGAAGGUCCUAGCUGCAGUCUACAAGGCUCUUUCAGACCAUCAUGUGUACCUGGAGGGGACAUUGCUGAAGCCUAACAUGGUCACUCCUGGACACUCCUGUCCCACCAAGUACAGCAACCAGGAGAUCGCCAUGGCUACCGUCACUGCCCUGCGCCGCACCGUGCCUCCAGCUGUCACAGGAGUUACAUUCUUGUCUGGUGGUCAGUCUGAAGAGGAGGCCAGUGUGAACCUGAACGCCAUCAACACCUGCCCGCUGCUCAAGCCCUGGGCUCUGACCUUCUCCUACGGCCGCGCCCUGCAGGCCUCCGCCCUCAGCGCCUGGAAGGGAGAGCUCAGCAAUGAGAAAGCUGCCACGGAGGAAUUCAUCAAGCGAGCUGAGGCGAAUGGCCUGGCGGCUCUUGGCAAGUACGCAUCAUCUGGAUCCGGCAGCGCCGCCUCGCAGUCUCUCUAUGUGGCGAACCACGCCUACUAAACAUAGAACGACCACAUUCAGCCGUGGUCUAGUCUUAGUCUUAAAUCUGCUCUUCUGUCCCUUCUCACUCCUACAUCGACCACAGGCCUGCGCUCUCUAUUAAUAUCAGAGUUAUAUACAUUGUUAGAUAAAUGUAUUUUAAAAGAAUGUGAUGUUAAAAUUUCAAAGGGAACAGGCUUAUAGUUUUUUUCCCUUCUUCGAACAGUUUGUGACAGUUUUGGGGCAAAUUUGAAAUGUUACGCUUGUGUCUCUGAUGAGGCUGAAAAGCGGAAGCCAGAGGCUCCAGAAUGUGAUGAAGAUCAUCGGUCAGUAUUGGUUUCUUGCCGCUUUGAAAAUGCGCCUGCCUCCAUGUCAGGUGCCUUCUCCCUGCGAGCCCCCGAGCAGGCUAAAAUCUGCAUGAGUGUUAGUGUUGCGCUUCCCGUUUGAAACCGUAUAGGCUCAUACCAACAUCCACAUUGACAGUGGGACCAACUAAUACGUAGGCAUCAGUUAAAGCACAGUAUGGCGACGAGAACGGUGAAAGAUCUGAACUGGGUUAUCCUUCUGAUAGACGGUCCCAGCAGAGAUCACACGGUACUGUAAAAACCCGCUCCACACCGGCUUUCACCCCACUCUUUUCUUGUGUUCCUUCUGGACCUUAAUACAUGAACUAAAACCAUCAUUUGUGUCUUUUCUGUAUAACAUUAGCUCUCAGAGUCACGCAGUAAUUGAUGUGUUUUGUUAUGUGAAGGUGUCAAUAUUGUGUGAUGCAUGUGUCACCUCUGCCCCCUGUCCUGCUUUUCCCUGCUGGCCCCUUAGGAAGAUCAGAGGAAGUCUAUUGAAAUGUAUGUUAAAAAUAAAUGAAUAAAAGGACCAACAUGUGGGACCAGCAGCACAGAAACAUUCACUGCUUUGUUGAAAUACUGUUUGUGAUGUUAAUAUUGUUCUUGAAACACGCUGUGUCAUGUAGUGGAGAUAAUAAACUAAAAUACACAUUAAACCUGA